GCCUACUUUGGACGGGCAAUUUGUGAAGCCGCUGUGUACUGCAUUGCUCUGUAAAUUAAACAGAAAAAGGCCACAGUCGACCAGAUUCGGCCCCGCGCUCGAAAAAGGCGCGCGUCGCACCGCUAGCCCUGUUUGCAGCCUGUGCUGCCACCGCACGCAGUCGCAGCGAUGGCGUCGCGCGCGAGCAGACUCGCUUCCUUCCUCGAACAGAAGCCCCUGCGGAGCUACCCCUGGGCCCGGCCCAAGAAGAGCAAGCAGCCGCCACAAAUCAACCGGUGGAACAUCUUGCGGGGAGACAAAGUGGUGGUCGUGAACGGGAGGCACCGGGGCCAGUCGGGUAUCGUACAGAAAGUGCUGCGAUCGACCAAUAGGUUGAUCGUCGAAGAUGUCAAUGUGGGCGAUCGCAUGCUCUACUCGAAGGGUGAUGAAGAUAAGGUAAAAACACCCACGAAAGCGCCCCGGUCGAUUCACUACUCGAACGUCAAUCUCGUCUGCCCCGUCACGAACUUGCCGACACGGGUCGCUAGGCGCUUUCUAGAUGACGGCACGCGCGUCCGCGUCGCGGUGCGGUCCGGCGCUAUUAUUGAAAAGCCGGCCAUUCUUACAGAGAGGCAUAAACCGCGGUCGACGCAAGCGGGGCCCCGCGACACGCCCGAGGACCAUGUGCUCGAGGUCACGUACGAUCCUGUUGUCGACGCGGAGCAGUGGCGGCGGCGCGAGUUGGAUGAAGACGGGAAACGCGUGCUGCUUAAGGACUAGUAGUGUG